UCCGCAUGUGAUCACGUGAGUUGUGCUGGCGCUGGGCUGGCGCUGGGCUGGGAGCGGGAAGCGCAGGCGGGUGUCCGUCGCCAGGUGAUGGAGCCAAUGGGCGCGGGGAGCUGCGGGAGGAGCAGGCGGUGCUGAGAUACUCAACUGGCAUUUUCAGAUGCGUGUGCAGAAGAUGUGGCAGAUUGGUUUGACUUCAGUCCACACAGCAGGUCCUGUUUGCUUCCGCUGUCCAAGCUUUUCUUCAAGGUUUUUCCACGUUAUUUACCCUCAAGAUGUCUGGGAAAAGGUCAACAGGUUCCAGUGCAAAUAGUAAACCUAAACGUACACGUAAAGGAAUCACUCUGGAUGUAAAACUGGAUAUUUUACAAAGAUUUGCUGCUGGAGAGAAACUUAGUGCAAUUUCCAAAACUCUGGGGCUUGCUACAUCUACCGUGGCAACAAUAAGGGACAGCAGAGAUAGAAUCAUGGCCAGUGCUCAAGUUGCAACACCGUUAAGUGCUCGAACACUGUAUUUUCAUCGCAGUGAAGUGAUGCUUAACAUGGAAAGGCUGCUGAGUGUGUGGAUUCAAGACCAGGGGCAACUCGAUGUCCCCUUAAAUAUGAUAGCUAUUCAGUCUAAGGCCAAGAGCUUGUACAAUGAUUUGGUGAAAGAAGAAGGUAGUGGUGCUCACAAAAAACCAUUCCAGGCAAGCAAAGGUUGGUUUGACCGAUUUCGGAAGCGAUUUAACCUGAAUAACGUGCAAACUGCUGAUGUAGAAGUUGCAAUAAAUUAUCCUAGUGAAUUGAAAAAGAUCAUCGAUGAAGAAGGAUUUCUGCCAGGACAGGUGUUCAAUGCAGAUGAAACGGUUCUUUUUUGGAAACGCUUGCCUGAAAGGACAUUUAUAUCCAUAGAAGAGCAGUCUGCUGCGGGUUUUAAGGCUUCCAGGGAUCAUCUGGCACUACUUCUGGGAGGCAAUGCUGCCGGCGAUUUUAAGUUAAAGCCCGUUCUAGUGUACAGCUGUGAAAAUCCCAGAGCUCUCCAGGGCUAUGCAAAGCCAAACUUACCUGUCAUUUGGUGCUCGAACCGGAAAGCUUGGAUGACUGCGGCUAUUUUUCACGACUGGUUUAUCAACCAUUUCUGCCCUGCCUUGGAGAGGUACUGUGCCAAAUGCAACAUUCCCAACAAAGCUUUGCUCAUUCUAGACAAGGCGCCCAGCCACCCACUGCACUUAAACAAUCUUACUGACAAUGUGAGAGUAGAGUACUUGUCCAAGAACACAAAAGCCUUAUUACAACCAAUGGAUCAAGGUGUAAUUGCAAAUUUCAAGAGAUAUUAUUUAAGAAAAACGUUUGCGCAAUUGGUCAAUGUGACUGAUGGACAUAGUAAACCAACAGUUCGAGAAUUUUGGAAAAGCUUUAACAUUAUGAAUGCAAUAGACAACAUCUCGGAGUCAUGGGAUGAGGUGAGCAUUUCUACAAUGAAUGGUGCCUGGAAAAACAUCUGGCCGGAGUGUGUCAGCAACUUUGGUGGCAUUCCACCAGCAGAACCUGCAGAGAAAGUCACCAGCGACAUUGUGGGACUGGCGAACGAGGCCGGCUUUCAGGACAUCGUCGACGGAGACGUGAUUCAGCUGCUGGAUUCACAAAACGAAGAUCUGUCCAACGAAGACCUCGUGUUGCUGGAGCAGGAGCGAUCGGCAGAAGAGGCUGAGGAUCAGGAGCCGCCCGCCCCGCUUCAACUGCAGACCAGCCACCUGUCUGAUGUCUUGUCCUACAUCGAUCAAGUCGUGCACAUCCUCAGUGCUAAUGAUCCGAACCGGGAGCGCAGUUUGAAGGUCGGGCGAUUGCUGCAGGAUGCCAUCAGCUGUUACAGGCAAAUGUACAAGGAAAGGAUGCGCAACGCGCAGCAAAUACCUGUCGAUGCUUUCCUCAUCUUCAAAAUAGAGCCUCCCUCUCCCCCCACGUAACCCUGCUCCACCACACAACAUCUCUGGUUAGUACCUGGGUGUUCUUGUGCAUCAACUAGGGUGGAACAGUGGUGCAGCUGGUAGAGUCGCUGCCUCACAGCGCCAGAGACUCGGGUUCAAUCCUGGCCUCAGCUGCCGUCUGUGGGGAGUUUGCACGUUCUCCCUGUGACCGUGUGGGUUUCCUCCGGGUGCUCCGGUUUCCUCCCACAUUCCAAAUAUGUGCGGGUUUGUGCCCCUGGUGCAUAAGGAGUGGAUGAGAAAGUGGAAUAAUGUAGAACUAAUGUGAACGGUGUGGACUCAGUGGGCCAAAGAGCCUGUUUCCAAGCUGUAUCUAAACUACACUAUUAUUUCUUGUGAAUUAUAUUCUUAAACUAUGUUACCUAUAUUUAACAUGCAUUUAAAAGUA